CAAAAUAAAAAAAGAGCUGCGUUCCCCAGACAUCCAAGGAUGGCACCAAGAACUCCCAGGGAGCCAACUUUUUAAUACCGGUGCCUUCACGCCUUUGAUUUUUGCAACACCUAAGAUUCCAAGGUUGUGCUGCGGGAACCCUGGCGGCCCUGACCCUCCGCACGCACACAGCAGUUCCCCGUGCCACUCCUGGAAAAUAAUGACCUGGAUAAGGAACAGUUAAUAAGAAAAUGUGCCUCGCUACCCGUGCGCAGAACAACAAAGAGCUGGCAGCCCCUGAAGGAAAAGGGCUUGUGCGGCUGCCGUUCAAACUUGUCAGUCAACUCGUGCCAGCAGCCUCAGCGUCUGCCUCCCCAGCACACGCUCAUUACAUGUGUCUGUCUGGUCUCAUCUGUGCCUCGGCUCAGAGACCUCCUGACGAGCCGGGAUUCUCUUCCUUUCUCACUGGUGCAAAGAGCGGAUUUCUCUCCCUGUGGCUCCUGUCACCUCCCGCUCCUCUCCCCAAGGAGGCACCUUGAUUUAUGGUAGCUCGGGACUUCCAUCAGCGUCUGCCUGUCCUUGACGUCGAGAAUGGAAGAAGCUGAGCUGGUCAAGGGACGCCUGCAAGCCAUCACAGAUAAAAGAAAAAUACAGGAAGAAAUCUCACAGAAGCGUCUGAAAAUAGAAGAAGAAAAAUUGAAACACCAGCACCUAAAGAAAAAAGCCUUGAGGGAGAAAUGGCUCCUGGAUGGAAUCGGCAGUGGAAAAGAACAGGAAGAGAUGAAGAAGCAAAAUCAACAAGACCAGCACCAGACCCAGGUUCUAGAGCAAAGCAUCCUCAGGCUUGAGAAAGAGAUCCAAGAUCUUGAAAAGGCUGAACUGCAAAUCUCAGCCAAUGAGGAGGCAAUUCUAAAGAAGUUAAAAUCGAUUGAGAGGACUACAGAGGACAUAAUAAGAUCUGUGAAGUUGGAAAAGGAAGAAAUCCAAGAAGAAUCAAUUGAGGACAUCUAUGCUAAUAUCCCUGACCUUCCAAGUUCCUAUAUACCUUCCAGAUUAAGAAAGGAAAGAAAUGAAGGACAAGAAGAUGAUGAACAAAAUAGAAAAGCUUUGUACGCCAUGGAAAUUAAAGUUGAAAAAGAUUUGAAGACUGGAGAAAGUAUUGUUCUGUCUUCAAUACCCCUCCCAUCAGAUAACUUUAGAAGUACAGGAGUAAAGGUGUAUGACGACGGGCAGAAGUCAGUCUACGCGGUCAGCUCCAACCAGAACACAACCUACAAUGGCACUGAUGGCCUCGCACCCGUCGAAGUAGAGGAUCUCCUCAGACAAGCCUCAGAGAGGAACUCUCAGUCACCCACAGAGUACCAUGAGCCCGUGUAUGCCAAUCCGUUUUGCAGGCCUAUGACCCCACAGAGAGAGAGAGUAAGCCCUGGACCAAACUUUCAAGAAAGGAUAAUGAUGAAAGCUAAUGGACUGGGCAACCAUGCAAAUGAAUCCAUGCACAGUAUGAGCGAUGGGCUUUCAGAGGGGAGAAGCAAUGGUCCAUCUCACACCAGCCCUACACGGCCAACACCUCAGCCCCGAUCAACAGUUCAGCAAGCAGAAGAGAUGAUGGUCCACAGCCAGCAAAAGAUGCUAACUCCUCGGGAAGAAUCGAACAUCAGGCAGAAUGAACGUGAGGUUUCCCCAAGGACGGGACUAAGCCCCUGCAGAGCAAGCCCGGGGAAGUCAGGACCCCAGUGUUCCUCACCCACUUGCCAGGAGGAGGCUGAAGAUGUAAGAUACAACAUCGUUCAUUCUCUGCCUUCUGAUGUGGAUGACACAGAACCUGUAACGAUGAUUUUCAUGGGGUAUCAGCAGGCAGAUGAUAAUGAAGAAGAAAAGAAGCUUUUGACAGGAUAUGAUGGGGUCAUCCACGCUGAGCUGGUGGUGAUUGACGACGAGGGGGAGGAGGAUGAAGGACAAGCUGAGAAGCCAUCCUACCAUCCGGUAGCUCCCUGUAGUCAGGUUUACCAGCCAACCAAACCAACUCCACUUCCUAGAAAGAGAUCGGAAGUUAGCCCUCAUGAAAACACAAACCAUAAAUCUCCCCACAAAAAUUCCAUAUCUCUGAAAGAGCAAGAGGAACGUUUAGGCAGCCCUGCCCGCCACUCUCCCUUGGGUGUCCCAAUGGCUGGAGACGGGACUGAGGAUCCAUCCUUAACAGCUUUAAGGAUAAGAAUGGCAAAGCUGGGAAAAAAGGUAAUCUGAGCGCUGUAGUGCCCACCUGAAGAACCCUUUGAGAAGAAGCCAAGAAAUGCCUGAAAUUUUGUCUUCUGAAUACUUUCAUUUCUUUUUCCUAAAGUCCAAAAACAUAUAUAAUUAUACCCAUAGUAAGCCACAUAAAUAAAUAGUACUCAUUAUUUGUAGGGGGAAAAAUCCCCCCAAAAGCUGGGGAAAACAAAUGCUAACUUUUCCAGUUACUUGACAUGACUCAGCAGGUCGGGGGAACCAAUAUAUUUUUAUUGUAUUGAUACCAAAGCAUUUCUAAUAAGAGCUUGUUAAAUUUAAGAAUAAAAUUAUUUAAAAUA